AUGUCCUGUAAAUCUUUGUCGCCGAUGUUUGUCGACAGUCUCUAUAGAAAAGCGUGUUCGGAAUGUGCAGGUGAGACCCUGAACGGUCAGAGACUGAUCGAAUUCCGGCUGGGGGCCGAGGCCGAGUCGGAGCAGGGUGAAGGGCUGGCGGUAGCGUCAGCCGAGCUGCUGGUGCGCGCGGAGACGUCGCCGCGCGCACGCCGCCUGCGCUACACGCUGUGGGCCUUCACGGUGAGCGGCAACGAGACGGCCGCCAUCAGCGCGCUGGCCGGCGCGGUGCGGCGCGACCCAGCGCGCGGCUGGCAGCGGCUGGACGUCACGGCGGCGGCGCGGCGUUGGGCAGCGGCGGGCGCGCGUGAGCCGCUACGCCUGCUGCUGGACUGCAGCGGCUGCGGCGGCCGCGUGCGCCUGCGGCUGGGCGGUGGCCAGGCGGCGCGCCCGCUGCUGCGCCUGCGCCUGAAGCCGCCAGCGGUGCGCCGCCGCCGCGCGCUGGACUGCGACGCCGCCGAGCACGGCCGCUGCUGCCGGCAGACCUACUACGUGAGCUUCCGCGCGCUGGGCUGGGACGACUGGAUCGUGGCGCCGGAGGGCUACUACGCCAACUACUGCCGCGGCGCGUGCGCGCCCUUCCUCAACUACCACUCGCAGGUGGUAGAGGCGGCGCGACUGGAACGCGCCGAGUGCUGCGCGCCCGUGCGCUUCUCUGCGCUGUCGCUCAUCUACUUCGGCGCCGACUCCAACAUCAUCAAGCGCGACCUGCCCGAGAUGGUGGUGGAGGAGUGCGACUGCCCGUAG